UUUGGCACAACAACGUGCAAUCGAAGACAUCACCUAAGCAGCUAAUCCCUACCGAUGGGCUAGAUAGAUACACAUCCUUGCAGGGCACCACGCCCCUUAGUCUCGCUGCCGCUGCUCUUUUCUCGUCGCCGGGGCGCCACGAAACGUCUCCGCCUCGUUCAGCAGUGCACCUCCCGGCUGAACGACUGACUGGAAAGCUGGGAAAACGCCGCCGAGACGAGCGCCGAGCUAUAAAUGAGCGCUGGGAAAGCGGUGAGGGUAGCACUGUGAGCUGCACGCCCGAGCUCGACAGACAUGGCCUCUCUCAAACUGUUGGCCCUUGGCCUGCUGGCGGUGGUCGCCGUCACCGAGGCUCUGCCCCGACCGCAGGCCGCCACUCCCGAGGACGUCCCUGUCGUGGAGGAUGUUCAGCGCAUCCGGCGUCAGGGCGUAGCCGAGAACAGGGACGACCCGUACGGACCUCCGAGCUACCAGCCCGAGCCCUACAAGCCGGAGCCCUACAAGCCGGACCCGUACAAGCCCUCCUACCACAAGGGCGGCCCCGUCUACGUCAAGACCUUCGUCAAGACCGACUACGACGGCAACUUCAAGUGGGGAGUGAAGCACAACAUCGAGGAGGGAUACCACUAAAGAUGUUGAACUUUGUUACAAUGCGGAUAUGAUCAGAUGUUGUUAUACGGAGACUUGCCGCCGGUUAUUGAAGACAUGGAGUGUACUAGUCCCACUGUAGUCGCGCGCCGCCUGUGUUGCUGUUAUUGGUCCAACAUGUGACGUCAUCGGCGGGGAAGUGUGAUAACGGCUGCGCGUCUCCGAAUGUUAUAGGGAUGUACUGUACAAAACGAUCCACUUGUUACGGUAAAAUGGGGUCGGAAUACACACAGAACAUACA